ACACAGAAUUGGUAGCACCGAAACGACCCCGGCAAAGGCGCGAACGCGGAAAUUUUUGCUUUCCAGCGGUCGGGGUCGUUCGCUUGCACCUUCGAACGAUUCCUCCAAAUGCAGGAAAUGUCUCUGACCCUCUCGUCGGCAGCGGGCUAGCUACCUCCAUCUCCAUGCCGGUUCGAACUUAGAAGAUACAUUGAUCGGCGCGGCGGUCAAGCGUAAAAUACACACUAUUUCAGAAGUUGCACUUGCCCUAAUUUGAUAUACAAAGUGCACCUGGCCUACAUGGUGUUUCUGGAAUGACCUGAACCCGUGAAUCUGAACUUGUGGUUUUGGUAGUUUUUGUUUUUGAAGAAGGAUGGGAGAAAGGAAAGUACUUAACAAGUAUUACCCUCCGGAUUUUGAUCCUUCCAAGCUGCCCAGGAGGAGACAACCUAAGAAUCAUCAGAUAAAAGUACGUAUGAUGCUUCCCAUGAGUAUUCGGUGCAAUACUUGUGGGAACUACAUUUACAAAGGGACCAAGUUCAAUUCGCGGAAAGAAGAUGUAAUUGGGGAGACAUACUUGGGAAUCCAAAUAUUCAGGUUCUACUUCAAAUGCACCAAGUGUUCAGCUGAACUGACAAUAAAGACUGAUCCACAAAAUUCGGACUAUGUUGUCGAAUCAGGUGCAACUCGAAAUUUUGAGCCUUGGCGUGGAGAGGAUGAGGAAGUGGAAAAGGAGAAGAAAAAAAGGGAUGCAGAGGAGAUGGGGGAUGCAAUGAAAUCUUUGGAGAAUAGAACACUGGAUUCAAAAAGAGAAAUGGACAUACUUGCUGCACUGGAUGAAAUGAAGUCGAUGAAGUCAAGACAUGCAACUGUGAGUGUGGAUGCAAUGCUCGAGGCCCUGCAACGUACAGCUCAGGAAAAGGAGAAGAAACUGGAAGAAGAGGAUGAAGCACUUAUAAGGUCAAUUGUUUUCCAAGGUUCAAGAAUUUUUGUUCAAAGAAUUCAUGAUGAGGAUGAAGAUGUGGAUGAUGACAACAAUUUAAAUCUGCUUUCAACUGAUACUGGUGCACAAAAUGAUUCCAAAAGAAGGAAAGUUUCAGAAGAACCUUCGGGAAAACCAACAGAUUCAUUAACAAAAGGCAGUAUUUAUGACAGCUCAAAUGGUAGAGGCACUCCUGGUAAGGGGAUAUUGUAUAGUUCUCAUGGACACCUCAAGGUUGAAGCUUACGUAGAUGCAAAUUGGACUGGAUGCAUUGAUGACAAAAGAUCUACAUCUAGUUACUGGACAUUUGUUAGAGGAAAUAUUGUUUCUUGGAGAAGCAAAAAACAAUCAGUUGCAAGAUCAAGUGCAGAAGUUGAGUAUAGAGUUAUGGCUCAUGGGGUCUCUAAAUUGCUAUGGUUGAGGACUCUCUUGUUAGAAUUAAGAGUUGUUUUUUUUUUUUUUAAUCAUCCUAUGAAAUUAUUCUAUGGCAACCAGGCAGCCAUCUAUAUCACAAAUAACCCAGUUCAACAUGACUGCACAAAGCAUAUAGAAGUCGAUAAACAUUUUCUUUAUGAAAGAGUAAUUAGUGGGGAGAUAUGUCUACCUUCAGUGAAAUCUGGUGAUCAGUUGGUAGAUAUUGUUUGGCUAAUGGAUUACCCAAACCAAAGAUAGAAGAAAAUCUUGUGAAGCUAGGCAUAUCCAACAAUUGUACCUAGCUUGAGAGGGGAGUGUUGUGUGUGCCAGGGGCAUUUUUGUCCUCUUAUAUUUAUGUUAAUGAAGGGCUUGAUUGUAAUUUUUGUAUUAUGGUAUAAAUAUUAUGGAAAGGGGGACAUGACCCCAUCUUUUGACACUUC